AUGGUAAAGACGCAUACGUCGGUGAACGAAUAUGUCGGUCUGUUUGAUGAGAGUCAUGCAUAUGUACAAAGCAGGGAAUAUCGCAGCCGGUACUACAAAGAGAGUCUAGACACCGUCUGGUCCUUGACUUUGAACCAAUUAUCUCCUCCAAGCGGCGGAACUUUACAAGUCCUAUCAUUCCUAGACCCCGACUAUAUCCAGGAUUCAAUUUUAAAUUCAUCCCGAACAGUGGCAUUAGAGGACCAUCCAUGGAAUGAAUCUGACCUGUUAGAGAGUCAGGCGGAGCUCCUGCAAGCCGCAUUGAUUGCGAGAUCUUCUGGAGGCGAUGGACUGCAAGUUCACAGACUCGUCCAAGCUGUCGUAAGGGAAAGAAUGGAUCCUGAUGAGUUUCGGAAAGCAUUGUCAAGUGCGGUAACUUUGGUAUCCUCUGCUUGGAUUGAUGCAGAUUCCAGUGAGCAGGGCAGACUACCGAACCCGAAGAUCCGCGAUGACCUUCUACCUCAUGUGAAUCACCUCAAGGAAUUCGAGGCGAAUAUGACGGACUCAGAAAGCGGUAUCUGCACGAAAACUGACUUUGAUAAGCUUUUGAGCUACGUUGAAGAUCACGUCAGUGGGAAGGGAAACUCUGGUGGUAUAGUGGAUCCUCUGAAGGCAUCCUAG